CGUCGAGCCGAAGCCCAAAUUCCGGUCCCGCUCAGGCUGUCAGACCUGCCGGCGGAGGAGAGUCAAGUGUGAUGGUAUGAAGCAAUCUCAAGAUAUGAUUCUCUCGAUGCUCACCAGCCAGAGAAAAAACCGAUCUGCGAUCGAUGCCAUCGGUCGAAGAAUUCCUGCAGCUAUGAGCUGCGUCUGCAGUGGCCUGAUCGUGGCCAUAGCAACAAUAGCAGCAACAAGAGAAAUAACAGUGGCAAGAACAGUGAGAUUGCUUACCUUGAUCGGUAUCAACCUUGGCAGGAGCCUCAAAAGGCUCUCGUCUCUUCUUUAACCUCAUUUUCAACAUCUU